AAGUGCUGUACCUGGUGUAGUCUGUGCUGCCGAGCACAAACAAGCCCACUGCUGCACUGCUGCGGCAUUGACGCUAGUCGCCCUCCUAAUAACUUAGAUCCCGGUCCCUCGCUCCUUCCACCUGCUCAUAUUAAACAAUCAACAACGCCGCCUCCUCCGGCCCCUUCUUUGCACCACCUCCACGAUCUUGGCCUCUCCCUCGCCAAUUCACCAAGCCACCGACACCGCCACCUACUAAGUCUCGCCCACCAUGGAUGUCGUCCUCGAGGUCGCAGAGACCUUUGUCGGCGACUAUGUCUACGCCUGGGCCCAUCCUGCCCGCCCGGCGCCCUACGACUUCCCCAACCAGACAAACCAGACCGCCCAGCAGGUCUUCUCGACGUGGACUUACAAGCCCUCGAGCACCUACUUCACCCUCGAGCCCUCCCAGUACGCCUACAUGAGCGCCUGGGAUCGCGACAACAUCUUGCGCCAGGCCAUCAGCCUUUUCUUCAUCACCUGGGUUUUCGGCACGCUCCUCUACUUCAUCUUCUCGACCCUCUCUUACUACCUCAUCUUCGACCAUGCCCAAAUGAAGCACCCCAAGUUCCUCAAGAACCAAAUCUCCCUUGAGAUGAAGCAGGCCAUCACCUCUGUACCCGGCAUGUCGCUCCUCACAACCCCCUUCUGGCUCCUCGAGGUCCGCGGCCACACCAAGCUCUACGACACCUCGGCCGAUGGUCCAGGUGUGUGGUACGACUACUUGCAGUUUCCCUUCUUCCUCCUCUUCACCGACGCCUGCAUCUACCUCAUCCACCGUGGCCUGCACCACCCCUUGGUCUACAAGCACCUCCACAAGCCGCACCACAAGUGGAUUGUGCCCACGCCUUUCGCCUCGUAUGCCUUCCACCCUGUUGAUGGCUGGUUGCAGUCGCUUCCCUACCACUUCUUCCCCGCUCUGUUCCCGCUCAACAAGUACGCCUCGGUCUUCCUCUUCGUCUUUGUCAACUUCUGGACCAUCCUCAUCCACGACGGCGAGUACAUGGCCAACAGCCCCAUCAUCAACGGUGCCGCCUGCCACACCCUCCACCACCUGUACUUCAACUACAAUUACGGCCAGUACACCACCCUCUGGGACCGCCUUGGUAGCAGCUACCGCCAGCCUGAUGCUGCGCUCUUCCAGAAGGAGGCUAAGCUCAGCACUGCUGAGUGGAACAAGCAAACUGCCGAGAUGGAGAAGAUUGUCAAGGAGGUCGAGGGAGAGGACGACCGCACCUACGACCCCGUCGACACCAAGAAGACGAACUAGAUCCACUCAUCCGGAAAUCUGUCUUGGGACACUGCGUUCUCAGGAAUUCCGGUAGGAUAUGCUGAGAGUCCCUGUCUUCACCAGACGAUGAUCUUGUAUAUAUAGCUGAAUGACGAGUGAUGCGGAACUCGAAAGGGACUCGUCAGUGGGCCCAAUGGUUCGAAAGUGCUUCGACCUUGGUGCAUACCGAGAGGCCCUGCAGAGACCAAAUUCUUUAUUUGGCAUCUAUGUGGCGAGACUGGCAGCAUCCAACAUGACCAGAUGUGCCAGUCACGCAGGAUGAAAAGCGAGAUAGAAAAGGCCAUUUACGACAGCACACACUUAUUACCCACCUCUAUGGGCAUGUUAUAGAUUAAUGAUAAUAGUGGGAUUUUCUUGCGUAACC